AAGAAUUAAUUUGUAUUGUAAGAGAAGAAAUCGGUGCGAUUGACUAUGGCAAUUUCUUUGCGCCGAUUGCGAGAUUUGCUAGAUUCAAAUGGAAGUAUAUUGAUGCGGAUGGUUCUAGUGUUUUUUCCAUCAUUCUCAGUGCCUUAUAUCGCCGGAGUAAUGCUCCUGUUCAAUGCGAUUACAGAAAAGGUGAAUCAUCUAGUGCUAAGACCUCUUUGGGGUUGGAUUGUUUGGGUGAUGAGCAAAAUACAGAAAACCGUCCUGUUGUAUUGGCAGUCAACGAUGAGACCUCUGUUGGAUCCGGUUGUAGAGAAGAUGAGUGAUGCAUGGGAAGAUCUCAUGCUGUAUUUGCUGUCGAAGGUGAGAGUUGUGCGGGAUCGGAUUGCCAGUAAGAUGAGAAAUGCGUCGGAAGCUCUUGAGAUGCAUCUCGCCAUUGACGCGGAAAUGGGUCAACCGAAGGCCAAGCUGGUCGGCAAACUUGCCUUGUUAUCCACAACGUUUUUUCUGCAAGAAUCAGAGUUACGUUUUAAAUAUGAUAAAACAGGAGUAAUCACGGUAUGUUUCAUCUCUAUUUGCCUGAGCCUGCUAACAUUUUCCUAUUAUUGGAGUAAAACACUCGAAAUCCUCUCUCGGAGGUGGGGCUGCACGUCAAAUUCAACACUGAACUCCACUUGCUUUUUUCUAGCAAUUUGUUUUGAAAACUUUUAUGAUAAUUCCUUGAGGAACAUUGGUGCUGCAUUCUGUAUGGCUGUUUUUAUUCUAAGUCUGCACGUGGUGUUACGCCCACGAAUAGACAUAGGCUUCUUUGGACUCAUGCUAGGAGUUGUUGGAUCCAUGACUUACAGCCACUUCGGAUUGAAGUACCCUACCUGGAUAAUUUCCUGUAUCUGUUUUGUGAUGAUUGGUUUCAAGAGUUGGUUAGAUAAGCACUGGUUGGAUUUUGAGGAAGAUCUGCCACGGCUCUCUACAUAUAUUAAUAUCAUAGGAAGCGCCACUAUGAUUGCUCCUCUCCCAGACACCUGGUCCUUCGUUACUCGACGCAUCUCUAGGCCAGCUGGUGGCGAUGGAAGCAUUUUACUUCUUGUAAUAUGCAUCUACAUAAAUCUCGGUGGUCGGUUUUAUUUUUGGAGUUCUCUGUUCCGGUACCAAAGGCACGCACCUAAUGAUUUACUACCCACCACCAGGGUUGGUCUACCCCUCACCAGGGUUGAUCUUCAAACUCGCUAUAUGAACUUUGUGUUUUAUUCCUCUAUUAUGGAUUACUUUUAUCUUUUCAUUUCUCAGGCCUAUUAUGAUGGGUGGGAUUAUCCUACUGCGUUCAUUGUAAUGUCAAUUGUAAUGCAUGUUGUUUCAUUUAUCAUCACAAGGCGAGUUUUUUGUCGGUGAAUAUUAAUUUAGUUAAUUUUAAGUUAAACUACUUGUUUAGCAUAACUAGAGUUUGUGAUAAAAAUUUUGUGUGAGGGAAUAUAUUGUAGAAUUAUUA